CGCGCGUGCGCACCACGACCGACGCUUUCUUGGUGGCUGAGGUGUAACAAGUGUAAUUACGCGUGAUCUUUUAUUUUCGGUUAAAAACACUUUUCUUUUCGGUUAAUUGUCCCAACAAGUGCCGCACUUCCAAGCUGUCCCAUUGGUGUUUGUUUCCAAGAGCCUUCGGCCAUGGCGUCGGAGCAGUUUUCCCUCUGUUGGGACAAUUUCCACAAGAACAUGUCCACGGGGAUGAACUCCUUGCUGGAGAACGAGGACCUGGUGGAUGUGACUUUGGCGGUGGAAGGAAAGUACCUAAAAGCGCACAAAAUGGUGCUCUCGGUGUGUAGUCCCUAUUUUCGUGAACUGUUUAAAGUAAAUCCGUGUAAGCACCCGAUCGUGUUUAUGAAAGACGUUUCGUAUGUGGCGAUGAGUGACUUGCUGCAGUUUAUGUACCAAGGGGAGGUGCAGGUCAGUCAGGAGAAUCUCAGCACUUUUAUUAAGACGGCCGAGGCGCUCCAGAUCAAGGGGCUCACGGGGGACGGAAAUGGCUCCGCUGAAUGUGAUAAUGAACCAGAGGAGUUGAAAAGCGUCGAUGUGGUGGAGCCCCCGAAGUUGACCCCCGCCUCAAGGCCGAGAAAAACCCACCCUGCGCCAACCCCGCCUGCGAAACGUCCAAGGUUGAAUGCUCCAGAGGCGAGCCCCACGUCAGCAAUAACAAAGACUGAGCCGUCUGUAUCUAGCACACCCACUAAUGACCAAUUAAUUCAAUUUAAAAUGGAACCGUACGAUCAAAGUCAGGCUUCCAUUACGGUUCCUGAUGAUGGUGUGGACGAAACGUUUGCUGACGAUCCCUUGGACGAUACAAAUGCCGAUGAAGGAAAUGAGGAUUAUUCGAUGAUGGAAGGGGGCGAUGAUGAGCCCCAAGCUGGGACUAGUACGGACGGAGCGGCUGGAGAAGGGCAAGAUCUGAUCUAUGUUGCGCCUGGUAAAAAAAAUCCCAGAUUAAUAGUCGACAGUAAUUUUUUUACUGUGUGUACGAAAACGGCCGAAUCGACAAGAUGGCGGUGCACCUCAUACUUCAAAUGCAAAUGUCGGGCGACGCUGUCGACCUGUGGCAACGUUGUCAAAAUAAAUCGGGAACAUAAUCACUCUCCUGUACUAAAAAACGAUUCAUUCGAUGAAUUUAUACCACAGUUUGGUUUAUUCAUUUCCUUCAAGGCCGCAGUUACAAACAUCCGCUCAUUUUACUAAACGGGAACGAGUUUUUCCUGCACCAGAAGCGGGCCAACUCGACAAGAUGGCGGUGCCGCGCCUACCACAAAACAAAAUGUCGGUCGGCGUUGUGCACUACUGGAAAAAUUGUGAAAACUUUUAACAGCCACAAUCACUCGCCCAUUGGCACCCAUCACAACACCGCCGAACUGAUCGGCCAAUCUGUUUUUAUUAUUGAGAAAAAAUAAAGCGUGGGGUUUUAA